AGAGAGAAAAAUAUGAAAAAGAUAUAUAUUGGCAAAACUGCCCUGAAAACACAGAGAAAUGGUUGCAAACAUCAGAAAAGAAGCUCCUACCACGACCACAAGGAAGACCUCCGUAAGCGCCUGUCCUACACCACCCACAAACUAGAGAUGGUGGAGACCGAGUUCGAUUCUACCCGGCAGUACCUGGAGACGGAGCUGCGGCGGGCCCAGGAGGAGCUGGAGAAGUUCACCGAGAAGCUACGCAGGAUCCAGAGCAGCUAUGCGGCUCUUCAGAGGAUCAACCAGGAUUUGGAGGACAAAAUGCAGAGGACGUCUCACCACCAUGAAGAGGAGAAGAGGGCCCUCAGCCGGGAAAUCAUCGUCCUCAACAACCACCUCAUGGAGGCGAAGAUCACCAUUAAUAAGCUGAGAGAGGACAAUGACCUGUACAGGAAAGACUGCAACCUGGCAGCCCAGCUGCUGCAGUGCUCCAAGUCUCACUACAGAGCACACAAGAUGUCGGAGCUUCCUCUGGACUUCCAGGAACGUAUCAGUUCCCACAUGGAGAAACAUAACCGAGGUAGCGGAGCCCCCAUGGCUGUUUCCCACUCAAACUACUCUGAUGCCAUACCCACAGCCAUAAUUGCCAAGGUCCUGGAAAAGCCUGAACCAGGAAACAGUUGCCCUGUGACACGCUCACCAAGCCCGCAGCCACAGGAUGGAGACUUUCUCACAGGAACAGGAAGUACAGAUCACCUUAAUCGCCGCAUCACGUACAAAACAUCCGACCUGUACUGCAGCGAUACGGCCCUCUACUGCCCCGAGCGAUGGCAAGAUUCAGAGCGCAGGCAGAGCGUCGAUCUCCAUGGCACCAACCUGCUCCAGCUUCAUGCUCAGAAUUCCACAGACAGUAACCCUGACGAGGAGGCCUACCAUUCUGGAAGCUUCUCCCACCAUGAGCCUCCAUCCUCCUUCCACCACGAUGAGUUUGGUACGGGUAGCCUCCCUGCCUCUAGCACGUACUCUAGCUUCAGCCUUGCAUCUGAUGACAAGGGAGGAGUAAGUGGUGGUUGUGGACCCACCGCCAGCAGCACAUUAUCUUCUUCCCACCAGGGUCUCUACAUGGAGUGGCGAGAUGGGAGCAGUGGGGACUAUGGGCGCAAAAGCACAUCCUCUUAUGAUAAAGACAGCCCAAGCUUUCCAAAGUCCCUGAGCAUCCAGCACAUGUCGACCUCCAAGAGUCCGCAGAAAGGCGCCUCACCAGGAUACACGAGGACGGCGUCAUGCUUCAGUGAACCGUACCAUUCCAGCACGCCUCGCCUGGCUUCCUCUCACAGCAUGGGGUCAACAACUGGACUCGGCCAGGCUCGAGGAGGGACUCUGGACAGUCAAGGUGACAUCGGGGUGCCUGAAGACGACCUAAGCAGCCGCUGGAGACAGCUCAGUGUAGAAGACAUCAAUACCUUUUCUUACCGUAACAUCACAGGCCGGGCUUCUCCAUACAGUUUUUCUGAGCACCACUUUGCCAUGGGCCCUUCCACUAAGGUCAAGGGAAACCUCUACAGCAGCUUCCAAGAAGGAGAUGACGUCUUCCACAGUCGUGUGCUGGACCAGUGCUUCGACUUGGGCUCCCCUUCGUCCAGCCGCAAACCAAUGGAGCAUCGCAAGCAGGAGAAAACGUCGAUGCUGUACAGAGCUAAAGAUGACAGUCAAGACUCAGAGUGCAGUCUGUAUCUCUCAGGGAGCUCAAAGGAGAAGGAGAGCGCUGGAGGAGCAACAGCAUCAAGCAGCGCCAAGAAGGACUAUGUGAAUCUGAGUGCGGACAGUUCGCCAGAGUCCCUACGCCAAAGCUCCCUCGAAGCCUCAAGCCUUCAACACUACCCAAGCCCGAGGCCCAGUGUAAGGCCUCGCCCCAGCUCCAGCUCUGCCGUCAGCGUCGGCCCUGCACUCCCAAAGAAGACGUCUCCAAGAUACCAAAAAUUUGGCAGCACGGGACUGACGAGAAAGGACAGUUUGACAAAGGCACAGCUCUAUGGUACGCUGCUGAACUGAGUGGCAGAAGCAAGCUUUUCAUUUUAUGCAUGAUGAUUCCUAACUUGCUGUACUGUGCUGUACCGUUUGUCUCACAAGUUUCCUGCAGCACACAUGCUUGGUGUAAUGGGGUAUUAUGAUGUUGUUUUAUGUAUCUCUUUGCCAAGGCAUGUUUCAUGCAGUCUGCAUCACUUUUUAUAUUGUAUGUCAUGCACAGGUGGAGCUACCUGAAACCAGCUAUUCAGUAUGUUUUGUUAUGAUUAUUUAGAGCCACAGUUUAUUAGACAUACAACACACACCCGGCUACAUGAAUUUACUGUGCUAUUAACUCUUUUUUUCAGUGUCGAGUACUGUUAGUAAAACCAGCAAACACCAUUAACUCCUGCGCUAUAAUACACAGUAUAGAUAAUGGGAUAAAG